CGAACAUGGGUAUUUAGGACUCAGCCAACCUUUUCAAUCCUUACUUUAUGACUUUUAUCUCCGUAACGAGGAUGACAGUCGUUCUUUUGAUGGAUAAGUUUGGUUUUCCGUUCAUGUUUUGAAGUUAUAAUUUACCUAUCACCAUGACUGGGUGUUUAUCACUCGAGUGUAUUGUUCUGGCAAUAUUGCUUCCCGCCGGUUUGUCAGUGGUACAAUCACAGGACUGCACUAUAGACAUGGAGGUGUGCGAGUUUCAUCUUGAAGUUGAGCAUAAACUGACAAUGAUGGACCACAAGACUCUUACCUUUCCAGAAUCCGGGAAACUCUAUGCCUACGACGUAACAAAUACCUCGGAAGCCAACCCUAUUCCAGAAGAAAAUGUUAUCACGGCGGACGGCUGGGGCAACCCAAAGAUUGUUGCAGCAGUAAAUGGACAGUUUCCCGGACCAGACAUUAUCGUUUAUGAGGGACAAAAAGUGAUUGUUCACGUCAAAAACCUUCUCCGAAGCCAUGCUAUCACCAUUCAUUGGCAUGGAUUGCAUCAACCUCAUACACCUUGGAUGGAUGGAGUUCCAUAUGUAACACAGUGCCCGAUUCAGCCAAUGCAAUCAUUUAGAUAUGAAUUUAUGGCCAAGCCCAAGGGAACAUUUUGGUGGCAUUCUCACAUGGGCGCGCAAAGAAGCAUGGGACUCUUUGGAGCUUUUAUUAUCAAAGAGCGUUUAGAAACCAAAGUCGAGGAUAAGAUUUUACAAAUUCAAGACUGGAACCAUGACUUCGACUCUGACACUGGCCACAUGAAAAUGCUGUAUGGUGUUUACGAUGGGCGACAUAAGUGGAAUGGUCAUCAGUCUCUGGAUUCAACAUUCUUUAGCUUUUUUCGAAUUCAGUCAGGUCUGAUCAACGGCAAAGGUCGAUUUUAUCAGGAAAAUAACGUUGACCACAACGGAGCACCACUAACGGUAUUCAAAGUCACAAAGGGAAACGAAUACAGGUUCAGAGUUAUUGGCACAGGAGCUCUUUAUCCAUUCAGAGUAUCCGUCGACAACCACAAAAUCACUGUCAUUGCUUCGGAUGGAUAUGAUAUUGAACAAGUAGAGGCAGAAUCAUUUAUAAUAAAUCCUGGAGAGAGAUAUGACUUUAUUUUAACUGCAGACCAAGAAGUUGGAAACUAUUGGAUCAGAGGAAUCACAAUUGUUAAAGGAAGAUACCACCGCGCCGAUGCUAUACUAAGAUACGAGGGUGCAACUGAUGAAGACCCAACGACGAAUCGUAUGGAAUGUACAGAAACUUUGAAAUGCAAAAUUAUUAAUUGUCCGUUUGUAUACUAUCCCGAAAUGCACACGGAAUGCGUCACAUUUGAUGAACUCCAAUCCGCUGUAUAUGAUGAUCCGUCGCCUAUCUUCACUCCUGGACGAUCAAAGGAAGUCUUUCUAAACUUCGCUUUUCCGGGUAUAAAGUCCUACCCCGGGUCUGUAAAUGGAAGAACGUUUGACACACCAGAUGUCAGUCCUCUUACCCAGCCGCAGGAAUGGUAUUCUCCUUGUGAUGAACCUAAAUGCGGAGUAGAUAACCAUUGCAAAUGUACAUACUCUUUGAGCAUCGGGAGUGGAGAAACGGUACAGAUGGUGUUUAUGAACAUGGGCUUAGGUAGAGGAUGGUCACACCCAAUCCACAUGCACGGACACUCUUUUUACGUUUUGAAAAUGGGAUACGGAACCUACAACGAAUCUAACGGUGCAUUUGUUGCUCAAAACAGUGAUGUCGACUGCCGUGGAAAUUUGUACACGGGACCUGACAAGUCGUUUUGCAAUGACGCAACAUGGUCAAAUGCCAACUGGAAAGAUGGAAAUGUCCCGGACCUUAAUUUAGACAGACCGACCCGUAAGGACACGAUCAUUGUACCAAGCGGAGGGUACGUAGUACUAAGAAUACGAGCUGAUAAUCCCGGACUGUGGAAUAUGCAUUGCCACAUCGAGUUACAUAACCUGGACGGUAUGCAGAUGCUAAUCAACGAAUCGUUUUCAGAAGUACCUAAAGCACCAAAAGGAUUUCCCGAAUGCCACUCUUACCCUCCCAGCGCUGCAAGGCUUAAUAACAUAGUUGAUCCGUCUGAGAUGGAAGAAAAGGAAGGAGAAAUGACAGGAAAAGAUAAUAUGGAUUCAGAUGUAUUGGAUAUAAUGCACUUCAAUAUCCUCAUGGGACUUUUGAUUGCUGUGCUUGCUGUUCAAGUAAUAAUCGGCAUUGGCCUCUGCUGUGCGUUCAAGGGCAAACGCAGUUCUUCCGAUAAGUACAGCCUCGGGCACGCAAAUUCAGGAUUUUCAGGAAAAUAAUGCAUUUUUCUGUAAUUCAUUGAAUGAAUUGUUGUGUUUUUUUGUUUUAAUACUGUUCUGUAGUUUAGUUUAUAAUUUCCAUAUGUUCUAUUUAGGUGUUUAAUCUUACACAUUGAAGACAAUGGAUUUAUUUCCAUGAAAUAGCUAACGUUUACCAUGCAUUUUUAUGAUAGAUUUUCAAAAAUAUUAUAGCUUUAGAAUACUCCUAAUUUGUAACCUUUUCAGUACAACAUUUGAUCAUUUCAGACUCAGUUUCAUUUAACAUUUCAAAUAAGGUACUCAGGUUUCAAAAACGAUUAAAAUUGUAGAUAAAGCUCAUGUUUCCCGAACCCACAUAAAAAUCGACUUGCACAACAUUUUUUAUCCAAACUGCGCCUCUGAACAUGACUAAAAGUGACAAGUUACGUUGACUUCGCCUUUCUGAACUUCAAUUCUGCUGUGUUAAUUUUGUAGACUAUUGUCUAUGAAUCAAGAAUAUGCCUUUAAUUUUAAAACAUUAUAUCUAUGUUUAGCGAAUAUAUUUAACAUAUAUAUUUUACAUAUAUUUUAUAUUAACACGAUGAACUACUUUAAAUUUUAUGCAAUCUCAUUAAAAUCAGAAUACCACUAUUUGCUUUACGGCGUGAUCCAGUGUGAUGAAAAAAGCAUACAUCAGGAUAUUAUUGUUAUUAACAAAUAAUGAUAAAUUUAUUGAUUUGUAUUGAAGUGUUAAUUAUUUGAAUGUUCUGUUCUGUUUUAAUAACUAUCUUAUUAACAGUUUCAGCCCAAAUUUAUAUUUUCAUGUCUGUGAUGUAUUUUAGGUUGCCGAAUAAAUUCUCUUCGAAAAUGUA